AGAUUGAUAAAAAGCCGACUAUCUGAGACUAGCUUUUGAGAGGACAAACUGUCACAAACAAGAAAUAUAGUGUUGGUGGAAGAUAUCAUCCACUCAGGUAGACAGCCUCGACCUUCCGUAAAACACGAACCAUCUUGUCGAAAACCAAGCGAUGCGUCCAAUCCCAAAGUCCAUCUCGUAACCCCAAAGAAGAAAAGUGGGAAAGUGCGACUGAGCUCAUAUGCGCUCCUUCCCAAAAGUCAUCCCUAAAUCACCCGCCACGGUUCCGCAACCAUCCUUUACAAAUAUUACUCACACUUUGAUCUUCAAUCAUCUUGCACAGUUAUCACACACUUCUAUCAACCAAUAUACAACAACCAUGUCAAGCUUACGCCUCACACAAUAUGCUCGCAGGGCAGUCACCCGUCUACCACGCUGCCAACCAUCAACAAGAUCCUUCCACUCUCAAGAUCCAGAACUCGCAUACAGAGCCUCUUUCUCUCGCUGGCCCAACAUCGAAACCUUUUGUCGUCGUCUCAUCGCCGAAGCGUUCCACGAUCAAAAACAUUCCUCCAAAGCCUGGAAAGAACAACAAGCAGAGAUAAACCUCCUCAGAGAUAGAGUCGACAGAUCUCUCGCCGAAGUAAAGGAUGCGAGUAAGAUAUUAGCGAUCGAUCAAUCUUGGGAACGAUUCCAUAACAGCAAUACUUGGGGAGCUUGGUUCAAGCAUCCUGCUUGUGGUGCUGGGUUGAUUGUUGGAUUGUUGUGUCAUCCGGCAAUGAUGCAGAUUGCAGAGAACAUGAAGAAAAGGAAGGAGGAAGAGAUGGCGAAGAAAGAACAAGAGCGGGUUGAUAAGAUGAGGCUGAUGAUGCUGUGGGAGGAGGCCGAAAAGAGAGGAAAGUAUUUGUGGCCGACGAGGAGAUCCUUCAGCUUGGACAAGAUGGAGUGGAGAGACAUACAUUAGAGAUGAAGUCGAUCUAA